AUGGCACCCCUCCCCGGCCCCCCUCCACAAGGCGGCUUCACAUUCACCAUCUCCCCCUCCGCCACACACCUCAACCACCCCAUCACCCACUUCCUCUCCACCCCUCUCAAAGGCAGCAUCAAACCCCAAGGCCUCGCCGGCGGAGCCCUCGUCUUCUCCAACUCCGCGCCCGACGCCGUAGACCGCAUCCUCCUCCUCCAACGCGCCCCGCACGACUCCAUGCCCUUGCGGUGGGAGAUCCCCGGCGGCGCGUGCGAUCCCGAAGACGAGUCGUUUCUUCAUGGUGUAGCGAGGGAGAUGUGGGAGGAGGCGGGGCUGGUGCCGAAGAGGAUGGUUUGUCAGGUUGGUGGAGAGGAAAAGCCGCAGGUGUUUUUGACGAGGAGUGGGAAAGUGGUGUUGAAGGUUAGUGUGGAGGUGGAGGUUGAUGAGGGGUCUGGUGUUGGGGACGAGGAAGGAGAGGGAGAUGGGAAGGUGGAUGGGAAGUGGAAGGGAUUGCCAAAGGUGGUGAUUGAUCCGAAUGAGCAUGUGAGGUUUGUGUGGGCGACGGAGGAGGAGUGUAGGGCGGGAGUGAUGGUUAUUGAGGGGGAGAGGGGAGAGAAGGAGGAGUUGAAGUUAGUUUUCACUACGAAGGAGCAGAGGGAGACAAUUUUGGAGGGUUUUGAGGGGAGAGGUAAGAGGGCGCUGGAAGGGAAGGACGUGGAGGAGGCUUGA